AUGCCUCGGGAUCACGCCGCUUUUGUUGAGUCGUUCUUCCUCGCGAGCGACAACCCAACGGACCAUGUUGGAUACACCGAGAACUUCACCGCCGAUGCCACCCUCAAGAUGGGCCUCAAGACCGCUGUCGGCAAAGACCAAAUCCUGGCCGUGAGGGAGGGCAUGUGGGCAGCUGUGUCCUCGCGUCACCACGUCGUGACUGCGCUCUACCCGUCCGUCGCUGGUGCCGACGAGGAUGCCGUGAUGAUGUUUGGCCACGUUGACUACACGCUCAAGAGCGGACGUUCAUUAACAACCGAGUGGUCGUCUCGCAUGGUGUUUGACGAGUCGGGGGAGAAGUUGCAGUUCUACCAGGUGUAUCUGGACGCGAGCCCCAUGAUUGUGGCUCUCGGGAAGAGGAUCGAGGCAGACGAGGCAGGCAAUGUGAGGGUUGUGUGA